GAAAUAAGCUCGCCCCACCCUGUUGGAAUGAAAAUACGACGCUAUUACGCAUGGCCAUUACUUAGUAUUUAAACCGACUAAGCGAGGUCUAUGUCAAUACUAUUUCAUCUUCGUUUUUGACGAGAAAUAAACGAAAUUAUGGGCUCGAAAAAGCAAGGCAGCCUUCAUCGUAUGUUCACACAGCCAGAUUUAUCAAAGAUUGAACUAAAAUCAAAGGUUUGUGGGAAUUAUUUGAUAUUAUGGCUUUGAAAUUUUACCAGAAGUAUAUUCGGUAUUUCAAGAAUUGAAUGUCUAAUUUUUUGCUACUUUUCUAGUUUGAUGCAGAGUUUAGAAGGGUAUCGAUCGACCGUACCAAGUACACGGAAUUCUCGGACUUUUAUACUUUUGUCGAGCAGUUACAUCGUUUGGAAAAAAUUCCCUUUACGUUGUGGUAUACUGAUCCAGAUCGGGAGUUAUUGCCUAUCAACAAUAACAAUAAUCUGGGCGCAGCAUUACAACAUGCUAACCAGAGAUUACGACUUGUACUACAGCGACAAGGUAAUUUAUAUGGGCAAGUUUCACUCUAAUGUUAAUUCAGGCUUUGAUUGUAAAUAAAAUUUAUAGUUUUCGUAUAUAAGAUACACAGAUACACUUAUAUUAGUUAUUCCUAGAGGCUAUAUUUACAAAGGGUAGCGGACCAUUAUUAAAAUACAUCACAUAAAUCGAUCGUAUUGAUUUAAAUAAUGAACAUUUAUUAUUUUAAAUUAUAACCAUGUGUUACUUUUAAAAGAUAAUUGCAACAUUUGACUUGUCUUAAAAGAAUUCUAUUUGAAAAAUAUGAUUUUUUCCUGUAGGCGAAAGUCUAAACCAAAGAUUAUUGUUCCUAGCAAUUCAUUAUACAUAUACACCACUUCAGACUAAUGAUAUUAACUUUAUUCAAUGAGACCAAAGCCAUUAACUUUAGCAAAUAGUUGAGGUUUGUCCUGUCUUGUUCAUGUUUGGCUGGUUUUAAUGGGGCCAAAUUAAUUUCAAUUAUUAAUAUUGGGUUGUUCUACUUACAUUUCAGGGACAAGAAAGACUCUAAACCAUUUAUAAAUGAAAUUAAAUGUGAAAUUACAUAAUCAAAGUUGUUGAACUAUAAAAAAUAUUGUGAUGCAGCAAUAAUUUCAAAAAUGAAAUUUAAAUAUGUCAACUUUACAUGAAAUUGACAGCCUACUUUAUCUAAAGCACAUACAUUCAUUAACAUGCAAAGCAUAUGUGUAUGUAUAGAUUUGUACCGAAUAUAAUAAUUAAUUAUCAAAGUAAUAAAGUUUUGAAAUGCUAUUUUUCUUGUCAGGAGAAAGCUAUGAUAAUGACAACGCUUAUGUUCCGCCUGUUAUUGGAUCACCGAAGAAAAGAAAUAUCCUCUCAAACGUAACAAAUGUUGUGGCUAAUCGUCCGAAACUGGCACACAGAUUGGCUAUAAGCACGCCUUCAGAUUUCAGGAGAGUGUCUGCUAUUGUUGAUGUUGAUAUAGUCCCUGAAACGCAUCGACGUGUUCGGCUUUUAAAACACAACAGCGAUAAGCCGCUGGGGUUCUAUAUCCGAGAUGGCACGAGCGUGCGAGUGACUCCAAAUGGAAUAGAGAAGGUCCCGGGGAUUUUUAUAUCGAGGCUGGUCCCUGGAGGUUUGGCUGAGAGUACUGGGCUAUUGGCAGUUAACGACGAGGUCCUAGAGGUUAAUGGUAUAGAAGUUUCGAGUAAAACAUUAGAUCAAGUUACGGACAUGAUGAUCGCAAACAGUCAUAACCUUAUAAUAACCGUUAAACCAGCCAAUCAGCCUGUCGCAACACCACGAACUAUGAGCCAAGGGCAUAUGGGUUACAAGGAUACGAACAUGGUGAAAUCAAACCCUGAUCUUUCAAGAGUGAGGUUGCAAGAUAAUAGAACAUUUUCAACACCAGAUCUACCCAUGUCACUGAAACUCGAUGGUGCAGAUACAUACCCAAGGAAACAAAUGCGACCAAAAAGUAUCGGUACACCAAGCGGGAUGUUCAUGAGUAGCAAUAACGGAUUGGUUAACCCAGCUUGUGAGAUACUUGAUGACAGUGGGGAUGAGGGUGAGGUCGACGAAGAUGGAAUUCUGUCGAUUUAAUCUCUGUUAAAUAUUGGUGGACAUUACAGAGUGCAAUGGUGAGCAUUUGCAUAUUAGUCCAAAAAAAUCAUGAAAAUACCAUAGUAUUUCCAAAAAAGGUACAUGUACAUAUAAUUUACAUAACAUAAACCUUUGCGCUCAAAAAAUACACCUAAUUUAUAGAAACAAAAAUACUAAAUUGUGAAAACAUGACAAAGAUGACAGCCAUGCUGAUUAAUAAGGACUAAAUGUAUGAAAAGACCAUUAAGACCAUAUUCAAUUGUAGAAUCAGCUUGAAUGAACAUAUUGUAUAUACAUCAUGUAAAUACAACAUGGCUGAUUAUAUUUUGUGUAACGAAAUAGUAUUUUAGGGUUGGGUUAUGGGUUUUGUUUUGCAAUUUUGGGUUUUGCAAACACUGUAGUCUGUAGAAGUUUAUAUAUAUUUUCUUACAAAUUUGUAUUGGUCAAUUGGCAAUUAAAAUGGAAAAAUCAGACAUGCAGGUGUCUUGUACAGAAUGAUGAAGCCUUGAAGGAAUUUUGUUGAUGAAAAUUUUGAGCGAAAAUUGUACUACAC